UAUCAGUCCUCGCAUGUCCAACACGUGUUUUAUAUUAAUUAUUCAUAGCGAACAAUACUGCAGUUGGUGCGUACAAUUAUUACAAUCUCUCUGAUUCCAUGACCUUUCUGAUACUACGACUAUCUACCCCUCUCUAGCUGUCCUGCGGUUCGUAACUGUGAAUUGCCCACUAUCGUGACGAGUAUAUUCACAUCUUGUUCCUCUUCUUUUCCUCCCAUAGCCGCCAGUUUGCUAUGGUUCUCUCCAUGACAGCUCUGCAUCGGAGACCGCAGAAUACGAACGUCCACACGAAUCGAUAGCACGACGAGCAUACAAUAUCAUCGCUUUGCAUUCGAUUGUCCGCUAGAGACCAUCCGUGUAGGCCGAUACCUCACAGUUCCACAACUGUUGACUCGCCCAAAUCACAAUGCAGAUAUACCUUUCGUCCUUUCCUACCCAUCAAGGCGAUUCUAGAGAGAAUAUAUCCCGCUUUGCCAUUCUACAUAAUGGCUGGAAACGUCCCUUUCGACCGUCUCGCAUACACCUCCAUUGAGCUUCUGCUGAACUCGCUUCCCGACCGAAAUGACAUCCCGGAGAUUACCGAUCAUGAUGCGGAGCUGGACUCGGUACCGAAUCCUGGCGAAGAGCAAAUGGAUACCCCUUUAAAGGAGCUGGAGGAAGUAGUGGACAUCGCCGAGGAUGCGUCUUCAGAUCUAUUUGCACGAGCUCUGACCCGACUGCUUCAGUGCAUGGUCUGUUCGUAUCCAUUGCGGGAUGGCAUCAACCUACCAUGCGGACACUCCGUAUGCCGGCAAUGUAUUUCCACCGAGGGGAAUGGUACGGUAGCCGUAGCGGGCGAAAAGCCGUCGAUAGGAAAUGCCGAAGGCUUGAUGUGCUGUCCCGUUCGCACGUGCCGGAAACUCACAGCAUCUGCGUCGAUGAAAGUCGACAGAAGUCUUAUGGCAGUGGUGGAUUGCAUGUUGAGGCUUAUAAAGGAGACAUCAGAGGUCAGCAUCCCACAACUUGUCGCCGGACACACGGAGCGUCUGGCUCAGUAUUCCGCGAACCACCCUUGGAGUUAUGAUGCGGAGGGCGAUAGAGCGGCGCACUUGAAAAAAUACGUUCUACUGAAACAGCUCCUCCACACGAAAACGGUCGAGACAGCGCUCAUCCCGACAUUUCCUCAUCUGUGCUCUAUGUUCGCUUUCGCCGCCCAAGGUCGAUUUCCAUACGAUAACGACCUGAUUUUCGAAAGACCCACGCCAGACUCGGGGCAAACUAGCCAAAUAAAUCUAGAGAUGCCUAAUCUAGUCCGAAACCAACUUGAGCGCGAGCUGGACUGUCCCAUUUGCUACAAGUUGCUCCUCUACCCGACUACGACAUCAUGCGGCCACACAUUUUGCCGUAGUUGCCUGCUACGAGCGUUGGACUUCUCCAUCCUCUGCCCGAACUGUCGUCAAGAGCUCAAGAUGCAUGGCACCCUUCAAGGCCAUGAACCAAACCGAGUCGUAACCGGACUGACGCAGCUUCUCUUCCCGGACCGGUCCGAGCAAAGGCGACAGGAAGAUCUUGCAGAGUUGCAUGAUGGGGACGAGCCGGACGAGAUACCGUUGUUUGUUUGCACUAUAGCUUACCCUCAAGUGCCCAUCUAUUUGCAUAUAUUCGAACCCCGCUACCGGAUCAUGAUCCGCAGAUCAUGGGAAGGGAACCGGCAGUUUGGAAUGGUCUUCUUCGCCAAGUGCCUACAGGAGCAGCAUGGGGAGGAUGCGAGCACUCAGGAUCUCGGAAACCCUGGGCAGCUCAUGCCUGGCAAGUAUUACAUGGAAUACGGCACCAUCCUUCAAAUCGUGGAGAAAGGAGACCUCCAAAGCGGACGGAUCAACCUCCAGCUAGUCGGGGUCAGUCGAUUCCGAACUGUCAGUGUUCGUCGACAUGAGGACGGGUACCUCAUGGCCCGCAUCGAACGACUCCAGGACGUCUCCGACGAGCUCGAGGCGUCCAUUGAAGCGGCGGAAGUCGGUUCCAAAGGCGAGCUCAACCUCAGCGACCGCACCGGCUCCGGCUCCGGCCGCCUCGACACCAAGUUCGUGCAAUGCUACGGCCAGCAAUACUUCCGCACGCUUAACUCCCUGACGAACGCGGAGCUCAUGAAGAAAAUCCACACGUGGAUCCCCCUGUACAAUUCCUGGCUCCGGCCCAGCACGCGCCGUAAGAUUCGCAUCGCGUAUGGGGAUCCGCCGCUCGACGACCCGAAAGUGCUGCCGUACUGGACGAUGCAUAUGAUGCCGACGAACCAGGACGAGCUGUACCGGAUGCUCAAGGCGGACACGGUCCGGGAACGGUUGAAGCUCACGUGCCGGCUCAUCGACGAGAUCGGCAUCCAUGAAUGGUGCUCCCCGUUUAUUCCCAUUCGCGUAGUUACCCUUCGUCGCAUCCUGGCGAUUGUCUGCCUAUUUUUGGCGCUUUCCAUCGCGAGGACGAUAUGAAAACGAUACUGACACAACCUCGCAUGAAUUGUUGUGUAUUUUACUUGCUGUUGCAUGGAUCAAGGAUAUCCUGAUCUCUUGAAUGGCGGUGGUUGAAAAUAUCCCUUGCAUUUACUGGAGCAGUUGAGCAGGUAGUAUAUUUGAUGUUGCUGAACGGAAGCCGGAUUUGUAUGACGGUUCAGGUAUUCUUGUCUAAGUGCAUAUGAUAAUGAUAAAUCGAGAUUUAUCAUUUUAUGAUCAGCCAAUACCCGGUAUUAUCAAGCGACUUAAUUAGCUCAGAUUCCAUGAACUUACCUAUUGGAUGGGUGGUUGGAAUUGAAAAGCCUAUCUUUGACGGGUGCAAUUCCGAGGCCGGUCGCACAAGUCGAUGUGGCGUUUGCGUGAUUGUAUCCAGAACUACGCCUGUACGGCACCUUUAUUUCCUAAUAAUAAUAAUACCGG